GAAGCUUUGUCGAACAUUGUAAUUAUUGUGAACAAAACAAUGGAUUUGGAAGUUUUCUUACUGUGAAUAAGCAGUAAACAUUUAGUCCGGAAAAACAGCUGAUUUUGUAAACAAAGCAAAAACAAGUGCAAAUAUAACAGCCAGUCAUUGCAGAAAAAUCUAAGUUAUUUGGAAAAACAAAAAAUGUUUCAUUUUAACGGUUUUAACAUGGAAUUCCUGGACAACGGUCGCAGUUUUCAAGAAACAUACAAAUGUUUCCCAGUGGCUAUGUUACCCGGCAAUGAACGUGAAGAUUUGGAACGGGGAGGCAAAAUUAUAAUGCCACCGUCGGCACUGGAUGUACUCACCCGUAACAAUGUUGAUUAUCCAAUGCUCUUCAAGUUGACCAAUCGCGCACAAAAGCGUACAACACAUGCUGGCGUUCUUGAAUUUGUUGCUGAAGAAGGCAAAUGCUAUUUGCCGUUGUGGAUGAUGCAAAAUCUUUUACUCACCGAAGGUUGUCCCGUUCGUAUUGAGAGCGUUAGCUUGCCAGUAGCAACUUUUUCUAAAUUUCAACCACAAUGCACUGAUUUCUUAGAUAUUACAAAUCCAAAAGCAGUUUUGGAGAAUGCCCUGCGUAAUUUUGCUUGUCUCACUACGGGUGAUGUUAUUGCUAUCAAAUAUAAUAAAAAGGUUUAUGAAUUGCUAGUGCUAGAAACACGCCCUGGCGAAGCAGUCAGCAUUAUUGAAUGCGAUAUGAAUGUUGAGUUCGAAGCAGCUAUUGGUUAUGAGCCAAACAAACCGAAAGUGGAAGAACCACCAGUGGAAGAAGUACAGGAUCAUGUUAUGGAAGAGGUAGUUGAAACAUUCAAAGGCUCCGGUGUGCGUUUAGAUGGUAAAAAAAAGAAAGAUAAUCAGCUAGAUGCGCCAGUAAUUAAGAGGAUGCUCGCUCGUGGCGUACCCGACUAUGACUACAAGUUUGGUUACUUAAAAUUUGAUCGUUCAAUUAAACCUAUUAGCGAAAGAGUGCCCAAAAAGGACGAAGAUGAUAGUGAGCCCGAAACUUUCCAUGGUCAGGGUUUUUCAAUGAAAACACGUAAAUUGUAAAACUUAUUCAAAUAAUUAAUGUAACCUAGUUUUUAGAAAUCCAUUUUCAAAAUCAUACAAAUAAAUUUGUUCAAUAAACUUUAAUAACAACACAA